GACCUCUCAAGGUAAAAACAUGGCGGAUAACCUGUUCGAGCAAGUUCGCGCACGGUUUUAGGGGUUUAUCUUCCACUGCGAUGGCGUACAGCUCUACUUCAAGAAUUGGUGAUACUACCAGACACUCAGGAAAAAGAGAAGGUGGUAACGAUGGGAAAGUAUCGCCAUCCACGGCAUCACAUGUGGAACGCGAAUCAGAGAGAAGAACCGAUCAGUUCAUGGCAUCUGACAGCUUCUACCACAGAAUGGAAGGGAUGAUAAAGAAGGGGGACGUCGAAGCAAUUCUUAAGCAACAGAGAAAAACGUUAGUAUUUUGGGUAAAAUUUCCGCACAGCCUCAUACUAUUGUAAAGCAAAUCUGUUUUCCCAAUGGCAAUGUACUGUUUUUGUCAUUGUUUUCUCUAUCUAAGAACUGAAUGUAUAAUGUAGGAUGAGGCUGUGCGGAAAUUUUACCGUAUUUUGUAUUAUUGUUUUGAAAAUUCCACGAUCCUUCAAAUUUUAUAAAAUUCUGGCCGAUGUUGUUGCUAUUAUUGUUUAAGUAAACGUGUGCGAUUUCUUUACAGCUGUUGGACAGCUAUUGUCAGUUGGGUGUUCGUUGUACAUUAACACAGAAAAUAUUUGGUGUACAAAAUUCUGCCGUAUUUUGGCCUGCAAUUUGAUAUUUUCUAUACAGUGGCAUAAACAUGUAGUAAUGGAAAAAUAAGAGCUUGGCUUUUUCUUCCUUGUGUGCGUGGUCUUUCACUUGUUGAAAAUUAACACCAUUGUUGUAAUUUUAAAUAUUCCUAUCACUGUUUGAUAGGUUCUUAGACUUUGAGAAGAUGAAUGCCAAAUUUAAACACUAUUGCUGUAAUCUCUGAUAUUCCUAUUACUGUUUGACAGGCUAGCAAACUUUGAGAAGACAAAUGCCAAAUUUGGAAAAUUCAAUGAUUUGUCUGCAGCCAGAUUCCUGAACUUAAAUAAUCAACUGAAGGGUCAUACCAAGAUGUUAUUAGACAUGAAAAAAGAUUUGGAUUCAAUCUUUAGAAGAAUAAGGUGAAAAAUGUAGAGCCUUUGAUAUGAACAAAUUGAUUUCAUGUUAUUAAUGUCAUGUUUAACUUUGCAAAAUUCCUUUUCAUUGUCCUUUAUGUAACAGUUUGGUAUUUUUAUGUUGUUAUUACACUGCACUUGAUGUAAUUCUGUGCUCUUGAGAAAUGAGUCAUAUCCUGAAAUGAGUUUCUGAUAACACAGUCAAAGAUAAAUUAUUGAUUGCCUAUGUGAUUGUUUUUUUUUUCAAUUAGAACAUUAAAGACUAAACUGACAAAGCAGUAUGGAUCUGCUUUUGAAGGUAAGUACUGAAGCUUCUCCCAGCUCAUUACCCAAAGUCUACGCUUGUAACAUAUGAUGACAUGAAUAUUUGCCUUUACUCUUUGCACCCUUAUAUCAGAAGCAUAUUCUCUUAUCACAUGGUAUUAACAAAGAGAAUUUGUCAAACAAUCAAGAACCUCUUAAGUUAGUGUUCAUUUCCUUAUUCAAAGCACUUUAUGUUUGAUUCAGAGGUGAAACUAUAAAAGCUAAGUUUUUUUGUUUGUCUCACUAUGUAGUCACGUGUGAUGUAGAUUGUGAUGUUUCAACUGCACACUGCUAGUCUUCCUAAGGGGAUGAGGUUGACUGGUCAUGCGUAAUCUUAUAAAGCAUGAAACUCUGCUGUGAUUAGUUGUUUUUCAACAGCUCUGAUUGUUGAAAAAAACCAACUAAUCACAGCAGAGCAUCAUGCUUUAUAAGAUCACACAUGACCAGUCGACCUCAUCACCUUAAGAAGACUAGCAGUAUGCAGUCGAAAUGUCACAAUCUACAUCGCACAUGAAUACAUCAUGAGACAAACAAAAAAACUUAGCUUUUAUUGUUAUUCGCCACGAUGAAUAACCACAACCUUUUUUAUGAAAUUAGAGGUGAAACUGUUAGGAGAAAUUUAGUGACAAUCACUCUUUGGGUUAAAGGGUCAAGAUACAAAUCAUUACAAAAUUCUCCAAAGCAUUUAACUGCUCAACUGGAAGACCAGAACACUGUUGUGGUUUUAAAGGAAAACACUAGGGUUUUAUCAUUUGGAAAUUGGAGUCUCUGUAUGCUAUGACUGCCAUGCUUCGUAAUUUCUCAUUACCAUUAAUCAAGGGUUGUUUUAUUUCCUCCAUUUGUCAGCUGUCUCAGCUGGUAUACAAAAACUGGAGGAAGAACUUGGUGCUAGUAUUGAGAAUGAAGAUGCUUCUUCAGUUCACACAUUGACAGAAAGCCAGGAGUUUAAAUCAGACAAUCAGCCUUCAAACCAAGAACAGGCAUCUGGAGAAAAAAAUAUUCACCAAAGUGCUGAAGAAGGCACGUGUCAAGGUGGCAUAAGUCAAUCAAUGUCCUAUAAACUUCUGGGAGAGGAAAGUAUUAAAGACCAAUGUACUGAUGAUAAAUCAGUUAGAAACUCAAUUCUACCUGUGGAAUCUAUAAAUGCAGAGGCAAAGAGUAGUCAGGAAAAUUGUCCUGGAUUAAAAGAUAAGACAGUUGAUACAGAGAGGACAGUCACUGAAACACCUUACAGUCAGAGUGGGUUGUUUGGAAGAGCAUUGAGUACUCAAGAAUUCAAAGAACGUAAUGUGAGAGGCACAGUGGACUUGCCAGAUUUGACGGGGGCAAAAGACACCGUUGACUUCAAAGUUAAAGGGAACAAGGACACAGGCGCAAUAAGUAAGAGUCUGAAUUUAAGCAGUAGAACAGAGACACCUGACAUAAGUGACACUGAUAAGACAGUAGACACAAGUAGGGUAACCAAGAAGGAGAUACAAGAGAGUUAACAAGGAAUAUAGACCCUGGUGAAGACUUUAUUUGACAUUGUACAAAGUGUAGACGACAAUAUGGCUUGCUACAAUGGUGGAUACAUUCAUUAUUGGUGCUGCACACUGAAUCAUGCUGUAGUUCUGUAGAAUUUGACGGUAGUAGCCCCAAAUAACCUUCCUAUAGGGAAAUCCAACAUCCC